GGUUGCUCAUACAGAGGCAUUAUGCAGGAGGGGAGAUCUAUGGGGGUGCGAUCUCGAUGGAACAGUGGUUGGAAGAUAGGAUCCAGGAGUUGUUAGACAUCUUGUGGGAGCUGGAGGAUGGGCCGGAUCCCCGGCUUGAAGUCUACAUCGACUGGAGGCGGGCGGAUGAUAGGUUGGCGGCUUGCAGAGCCCUCUUCACAUUGGGGCGAGAUCUACUCAGUCAGUUGGAGUUUUGGUAUGGAUUGCUGGCAACUGAAGAUGAUUGCGGCAAAAACACAAAGAACAGCAACAACAUCAGCUACAGCGACAUCAAGGAUGGGGUUGGUGUCAACAACAACAAUCAUGGGGGGAGCGACGUCCAAGGCUGCGCCAUGAUGGGAGUGAUGCUGCAGGUGGACGCGGAAGAUACGGUAGACGUCAAAAACGGCAACAAUAACAAGAACGAUGGUGCGGAGGGUUUGGGAUUGGGAGAAAUGGGCAAAGGGGGUGUGAAGGAUGACAGCAAUAUUAACAACAACGGCGAGAACAACAACGCCGACAACAACAACAACAACAACAACAACAACAACGGUGACGAGGGCGGGGGCGAAGUCCACGGCAGAAGCAUGAAGGGUGUUCUGCCGCAGGUGGACAUGGAUGAUAAAGGUGGUGACAACAACAACAACAACAACAACAACAACAACAACAACAACAACAGCAACAACAACAUCAACAACAACGACAAUAACAACAACAACAAUGAUGAUGAUGAUGGGGGAGGCGACGUUCGCGGCUGCCGCAUGAGGGGAACGAUACAGCAGAUGGAUGCGGAUGAUAACGGAGACGACAACAAAAAUGACGACAACAACAACAACAACAACAACAACAACAACAUCAACUACAACAACAACAACAACAACAACAAAAACGUUGACGGCGGAGGGGGAGACGUCCAUGGCAGCAGAAUGAUGGGUAAGAUACCACAGGCAGACGUGGUUGGAAUGGGGGUGGACACGGGAAAUGGGUUUUCUGACUUCCUCCUUGUUAUAAUUUUUGGCCUCAAUAUGGAGUUGUUUCUCGUUGUCUGCUGGAAGAUAGGAGUAGGUUAGGCAGUGAUGAUUGGGUUGCCUGGCCCGCAAUACCAAUCAACACUGGGGUGGUGA